AUGGACAAGAAGAUCACAUCAUUCUCCAGCAACGAAGGAAAGCCUAUUAGAUGCAAAGCAGCAAUAUGUAAGAAAGCAGGAGAANCAUUGGUCAUCGAGGAGAUUCAAGUUGAACCACCUCAAGCUUACGAAGUUAGGAUCAAGAUUUUAUGCACUUCUCUAUGUCACACCGAUAUUACUUUCUGGAAACUAGACAGUGGACCGCGUGCAAGGUUUCCUAGGAUUCUAGGACACGAAGCAGUCGGUGUGGUCGAGAGCAUUGGUGAAAACGUGGACGGAUUUAAACAAGGCGACAUCGUUUUGCCAGUGUUUCAUCCUCAGUGUGAAGAAUGCAAAGACUGCAAGUCCUCAAAGAGCAACUGGUGUGCAAGAUUUGCAGACGAUUUCUUAUCGAACACAAGACGAUAUGGAAUGGCUUCAAGAUUCAAAGACUCUUCAGGACAAGAUAUUCACCAUUUAAUCUUUGUCUCGAGUUUUUCCGAAUACACCGUCGUUGACAUGGCGCAUUUGGUCAAGAUUUGUCGUGACAUUCCCGUCGAUAAAGCGGCUUUGCUGAGCUGCGGUGUCUCCACAGGAAUUGGAGCUGCGUGGAAAGUGGCUGACGUGGAAGAAGGUUCUACCGUUGCAAUUUUUGGUCUUGGUGCUGUUGGACUUGCGGUUGCCGAAGGAGCCAGGCUGCGUGGAGCUGCAAAGAUCAUCGGUGUUGAUCUCAAUCCUGAUAAAUUCGAGCUAGGUAAAAAAUUUGGUUUCACGGAUUUCGUCAAUCCUGCUUUGUGCGGAGAAAAGAAGAUUAGUGAGGUGAUUAAAGAAAUGACAGGAGGAGGAGUUGACUACAGUUUCGAAUGCGUUGGUUUAGCUUCUUUAACGAACGAGGGUUUUAUGAGCACCCGCACGGGAUCAGGAAAGACAAUAGUGUUGGGGAUAGAUAAGCAUAGAGCACCAAUAAGUUUGGGUAGUUUUGAUCUUAUUUCAGGCAGACAUAUUUGCGGAUGCUUGUUCGGUGGUCUCAAACCUAAACUGGAUAUUCCAAUUCUCGUGGAUCAUUACCUUAAAAAGGAGCUUAAUUUGGAUAGUUUUAUUACACAUGAACUCAAGUUUGAAGAAAUCAACAAGGCUUUCGAGUUAUUAGAGGAAGGGAAGUCUCUCCGCUGCAUUAUGUGGAUGGAUAAGUGA